AGUUAUAUAAAGUACUUGUCCAGUGGCUUUUCCCCUUUAAACUCGUUUUCACUUUCUCUCCUCUUUUGCCGGCCGUUAAUCUUCUGUCUGAAAACCCCUAAAAUUCUCAUAAUCCGCGUUCUAGUUUUUUGCUACCAAACACGGCAUUGAUGUUUCUUCUGGGACGAGCAGCCUCCAAGAUUUGUAGCAGCAGUCCAAAGUUUAUGACCAAUUUCUUCAAAUUCUUCACUUCGGAUUUCCCGGGAAAAGAAUUGUGAAAAAAAGAUACCAUUUUUAUCACUAAAAAUUCCAACAUUUUUCUUCUUUUGAGAUGGAGGGAGACGAAGACAACACGCGUCGAUUUCUAGGGGCGGACGGAACUUCAAAAGAUCCGAUGCACAAGUCGGCGAAGCGGACUGAGAGAGAAAGAGAGGAGAAGGAGGAAUUGGAGCUGAGCUUGGGGCUUUCCACCAACGGCAGAUUCGGUGUCGACCUCGCGAGCAAGAAGAUGAGACGCUCCUCUUCCGUCUCCAACAUAGUGUUGUUGAAUAUUGAUUGUGCAGGAGAUGACCAGGCGCGUGGGGCGGACGCGCCGCUGGCGAGGACGUGCUCCUUGCCGCCGGCGUUCGACUCCGGGGGGAGGACGAGGACGAGGAUGGAGAAGUUGAAGAGCGUCGAUGGUGGGGACGGAGUGCAUGCAGAUGCUGGUUUGAACGCCGACAUGGCUCGUGAUGGAAUUCGAAACCUCCGUUUAAAAGAAUGGCCAAAACCUCCGAUUGAAUCGAGGGGCGAUCACAGCCAUAUUGUUAAGGGAGCAACUCAAACUACUAUGACGGGGAGUAGUUGCUCUGGGGGAGGACCAACUGUUUUGGUUGCUAACACCGACGAAGCACAGCAGCAGAAUGCUCUGGUCGACAUGCCCUACGUCUCCACAAAAGGUUUCGGGCCUAACCAUAACAAGAUCGAGGGUUUCCUAUACAGAUACAAGAGGGGAGAGGAAGUCAAGAUUGUGUGUGUUUGCCAUGGUAUGUUUCUCUCACCGGCAGAAUUUGUGAAGCACGGCGGUGGGGGUGACGUCGCUUACCCUUUGAAACACAUAGUUGUUAACCCCUUCCCUCUCUAUUAAUUACUAUAGUUUGAUAAGUCUCUACUCACCAACCUUAAUAGAAUGGUUUGCAAGCAAACCUUACCUGUAAUACUAUGACUACUUUUCUGUGUUUUCAAUGUUACUUGAUGUAAGAUAACUUGCAUGACAUUAUAAAUGUAGUUAAAAGUUCAUCUA